AACUAGUUCACUAUUUCGAGUCUAUUCAAAGGGGAAAAUCAAAAAAGACAAAAUUUAAAUGUUGAAUUGUAAUCAGAAUGGUUCGUGUUUUGUUUCUUCAUCCUGAUUUGGGUAUCGGCGGUGCCGAACGUUUAGUGGUCGAUGCCGCCUUGGCGCUCAAGCAGCGUGGUCACGAGGUUAGCUUUCUGACAAAUCACCAUGACAGCACCCAUUGCUUCAAGGAGACAGCGGAUGGCAGCUUUCCCGUGCAGGUUGUAGGCGAUUGGUUGCCACGCAAGCUCUUUGGACGCUUCUAUGCCUUCUGCGCGUAUAUGCGUAUGCUGUACGCCGCCUUCUAUGCCAGUUUCUUUAUGCCGCAACGGGAGCAGGUUGAUGUCGUCUUUUGUGAUUUGAUUUCAGUAUGCGUUCCGAUCUUGCGCUUGGCUCGUCAUCGUCCACGUGUCCUUUUCUAUUGUCACUUUCCUGAUCAAUUGCUAAGCUCAAGGGAGGGUCUGCUGAAGCGUUUGUAUAGAGCACCCAUCAAUUGGCUGGAGGAACGUACCAUUGGGCUAGCCGAUAAGGUGUUGGUGAAUUCCAAAUUCACGCUACGCGUCUUCCAGGACACAUUCCGACAUCUCCGGACAACGCCGGAUGUUCUCUAUCCAUCGAUACAUACACAGUAUUUCGACCAGAUGGUACAGAAACUGGACCAGCGCUGUACUGUGCUGGACGACACUGUGCAUCCGCGGGUGCCGCGGAAUGCUUUUAUCUAUCUGGACAUCAAUCGCUAUGAGCGAAAGAAGAAUCAUGCGUUAGCCCUGCGUUCAUUACGCCUGCUGGGAGACAUGCUUCCUGCGCUAGAUUUUAAGCGCUGCCGCCUGAUUAUAGCCGGUGGCUAUGACACGCGCUGCCUGGAGAAUGUGGAGCAUUAUGCAGAGCUUGAACAACUUAUGACAGAGUUGAAGCUACAGGAGCACGUCGUGCUGCUGCGUUCCCCCACAGAUGAGGAAAAGUGCCGGUUACUCUAUUCAGCCCACUGUCUGCUAUACACGCCCGAUAAUGAACAUUUUGGCAUCGUUCCAUUGGAGGGCAUGUAUUUUACCAAGCCGAUAGUGGCAUUGAAUAGUGGUGGACCCACAGAGACUGUCGUUCACAACUCCACUGGCUUCCUUUGCGAGCAAGAGCCCAAGAGCUUCGGCGGCGCCAUGUAUCAGCUGUUCCGUGAUGAGGCGCUGCGUCUCAAAAUGGGCGAUUUGGGUCACAAGCGGGUGCAGCAAAAGUUUUCAUUCGACGCCUUUGCGGACAGAUUAAAUAGUAUUGUCCAUGAGCUGAGACCCAAAUCAUCUUCGAAAAAACUUGAAUAAAUUAUAAAAAAUGAUUGCUAGAAACAAA